GUGAUGAAAAGCUCCUGACCGUGGCCUUUCUCCGUCCGCCUCUCCCACUCCCUCUUCUCUCCUAUCCUCAAACAAACCACGCCAGCCCGCAAGAGUCGACGACCCAUCUCCGUCAACGCUCGUCGUUUCUUCUUUAUACCACACAGGCUGCACCCAACUUCGCCAGUCUUAGUCUUUGUUUUUAAUUCGCCACCAUCUUCUUCAUUUCACUUCUUUUGCGCAAUCACGCGCGACCUCUUCUGCCUUCUCAUCGCGCGAUCCAGACCAGCUCGCCCGCCUUUCAAUCUCUGCCACAACAAACAAAUCGUAUUCACGACCUUCAAGUCCUUCAACUUGAGUCGCCCUCUCGCCAACUGAAGCCAUUCAUCACGAUCGCGUCUCGAUCGUGUUCAGGAAGUCUCUCACCUCCCCCUCACCAACAUCUCUUCUUCACCAUGUCGGCCAACAAGCUCGACAAGUCGCUCGACGAGAUCCUCUCGAACCAGCGCCGCACAUCUAGCCGCAAGGUUAGCUCUGCCCGUCGCUCUACCGGCGGUCGCCCGGCCACCGCCGCCCCUGUCGGUGGUAUCCAAAAGAACGCGAGGCCCAAUCGCAAUGCCGCCGCGAAGCCUGCGCCUAGCAAGCCCACUUCCGCCCCAGGCACCAGCAAGAUUGUUGUCUCCAACAUGCCGAAGGACGUGACCGAAGCGCACAUCAAGGUAUGUUACCGAUGAGGUCAUCUGACCUUGCGCCUUUCGUCGAGACACUCUGUCGCAUAUUCUUCCACCGGAUUUGAGCGUUUCCUCCAAACGGACCUCGUUCUUCCCGGCCCCUCUGUCUACGGAGGUCGUCCUGUCGGCUUGGCCGUCAGUCAUCCUUCCAACAAUGUCCGCACACGGUGGCACGUCACUAUGGACAUGGAAGUCGAGCCUACCCUCGGCGUUUCACACACGCAUCUAUGACCGCGUACUGUGCCAAGGGCAGCCUGGCAAGCUCCCUGGUCCGUCCGGUCGCGCUGUUGUCAAACUGCCAGAGAGGCUAUCGCACCGCGGGAGAAAUCCCAGCCCUACGCGGCCGUGGUUCUGAAUCUCCGCCUGGUCCCGGAAUUCAAGUCUCAGCCGUCAUGUCCAGAUGCAAGCAGUGAGCAGUGAGCAGAGUCAGCUCCUCGUCCCGUUUCCUUGAGGGGUGCUUGCGCAGACACCCUCACUCCGACAAUCGGAGGUCCAGUCGAAGCAUUGCGCCUGGACUGAGUCCAUUCCGGCAUAUCGAGGACGGACUUGCCGAGGUGGCCUAGCACCUCGGAACGGAACAAGAUUUGAAGUAAGGAGGAUGAGGGCACGAACAAGGUUGUUGGCUUGCUCGGGCACAUGAGAGAACCCUUUCGCGCAACGAGGAUCGUAUCACCGCGAGUGGUGCCCUUCUCGCUGCUGUUCGUGGGUCUCUGGUGUGCACAGCAUGGGCUCACUGCGCUGCUUGCUCUCGAAAUGUUGUUGGUCCAGACAAAGCGAUAUAAACGACGGAAUUCCCCUCGAAUGCCAGACGACCUGCCGAAGGAGGAUCGAAACGAGACCGGUGCUGCGAACCUCGUCCACACUCAUGGAUGCUAAUCACCAUUCCCUACAGGAGUACUUCGGCAAAUCCAUUGGAACCGUCAAGAAGGUCGAGAUCUCAUACGGCCCUGGAGGAGUUAGCCGUGGUAUUGCCACGAUAAUCUUCGCUCAGGCCGAUGCGGCCAGCAAGGCCUUCCAGGAGCUCAACGGCAUCCUCAUCGACCAGAGGCCUAUCAAGGUCGAGGUUGUCGUCUCUACCGCCGACCAGAUCCCUGCGCCCAGGACCCUGAGCCAGCGUAUCACCCAUAACCAGCCCAAAGCCCAGCCUAAGUCCGCUGCUUCGGACAAGCGCGGUGCCAAGACCGGUGCCAACGGUGCUGCCGCUGACGGCGCAAAGGGUACCAAGAAGGCCGCUGCCAACCCUCGUCGCGCCAAGAACGCCAGACCGACCAAGAAGACGGCCGAAGAGCUCGACUCGGAGAUGGCCGACUACUUCCAAGGUGGUGAGAGCAACGGUGCUGAGGGGACCAACACCGCGGCUCCUGUGGCCGCUGCGAACGGAGAUGCCGCCAUGGAGGAGGACAUCCUGUAAAUUCGUUGCCUGUCUGUGUUUGGGAUUCGGAGCAUCUUUCUCUGCAGUGCCCUCCCCCGCGUUCUGCGAUGUUUUCGUCGUUUUACCACGCGAACACGUCGCUUCUCUCACCCGUUUCGAUACCUGGGUCAUCUACUUUUUCUUUAUUAUUACGCUUUGAUGUGCUUUGGCUGGGGCUCGAGGGGACAUGGUUUGCGGUUUGCUUGGAACAGUGAUCAGAUUGCUUGGCCGCUUGGGACUGGCAUCCUUACAAUAAUGUACAACCAAAAACAAAAUCUGAUGAACUGGGGAAUCAUGGUAUUUUCCACCCUGCUCUAGUGCUUUUCCCGCCUCCGUUGCACCCUGUCCGCGGGUUCUUGUCUACUAUCCUAUUUGAGCAUAAGACGCAAGGGGACAGUAUUUGUUCAGACUAUUUAACCAUCCCAGAAUUACAAGACAGGCAUUCAUAUUAGCUCAGGGUAGAACUCGAGCGUAGUCUGAUUACCACUCAUCUCUCCGCACGUCGUAAAA